GCCGCCAUUUCUCUUUUUCAUUCUCGUCGUGGUCGUCGUGGACGUGGACGUAUUUAGUUUGUUGUGUUCCCAGUGUUCUGUAACAUCUUGUUUGGUUUGUUUGUCGUCUUGCGUUUGCUUCCGUUGGAAUCAAGAAAGAAGAGGAAUAUAUAUAUAUAUAUAUAAUAUAAAAUAUAUCGAGAUAUUUGUGGCAAAGUGUGAAGUGUCAUCAUGGGUUGCGACGGUGGCACUAUUCCUCGCAGAGACGAGCUCGUUAGAGUGAAAAAGAAACCGGAGCAGAAAGACAAGGAAGCGGAAUUAGCUUUCAAGUGGAGGCACUGUACGAUACGGCAAUUGCCAUUGCAACCACCGAUCGUGGGUUGCAGCUUGGGUCGUCUGUACAGCAAAGAAUCUGUGCUGGAAGGUCUUUUGGAUCGCAAUACUUUUCCAGAAUCUGCUGUACACAUCAAGAACUUGAAGGAUGUGAGGAACCUUAAUUUGACACCAAACCCAGCAUUCAAUGGCGACAAAGCUGAGAAAGGAGAUGGUUACAACGACGGAGGCAAAAGCCCAUAUAUUUGUCCAGUUAUUGGUUUGGAAAUGAACGGAAAAUAUAAAUUCUGUUUCUUAUGGUCGUGCGGCUGCGUAAUGAGCGAACGUGCUCUCAAAGAAGUAAAGAGUACAUUAUGUCACAAAUGUCAGCAAUCGUUCGAGGAGACGGACAUAGUCAUAUUAAAUGCGGAAGAUGACGAUCUGGAUCUCAUGAAGGAGCGAGCGGUACUCAGGAAAGCUAGUCAAAAGAAAUCGAAAAAGAAGAAGUUAGAUGAUGAUGUACCAACAGAAGAGAAGAAGACAGGCGAAGUGUCCAAGAAGAAGAUGAAGAAGGAGGACAAAAUAAUCCCUAAAUUGAACAACAAUCACAAGGCCGAUGAUCCUGCUUAUAAAAAAGCUAAAAGCGAUUAUAGCGUCGCAAAGGAUCCUAAAGCGUCGGAAGUUUUCAAAAGCAUUUUUACCACUCAUAAAACUGCUACGGAGCAAGAUAGAGCACACUGGGUUACUUAUAAUCCAUUUUAUAAUUGAUGUACCUAAAGUAGGGCUAGAAAUUAUUUCUUCAAAGAGAGGAAAAAAUGUAAAAAGCAAAAUGUUUAAUAUCAUGUUAUCUCAUUAGGUCUAAUAUGUAGUUUAAUAAUAAUCUAGGUUUAAUAUUAUAUUAUCUCGUUUGGUUAAAAAAAUAAAGGCAAUAGAUAGCAUGUGA